AAACAUCUGGUCUCUUGGGUGCAGUAAGAUGGCCGCUGCCACGACACACGCUGAAUGCAUUUGAGUUUAACAGCAGGUCAGUGCCUGCAGUUAUCAAUAUCUCCGCAGAGGUUUGCGGAGAGGGAUAAGUAACGCUGGGAAGUCGGGCUGAGGUUCAUUCCUGAUUGUGCCGGAUGUUGUUGGGUUUGGCCUUCAGACAUUCGAAUCAUUUAGCCCAUUGCAGUCGUUGGCACCCCGUCCGUAGCAUCAUGGAUCUUGGCUCGGUGGUUUCCUGCCUGAAUGUACUCACCCCCCCAGCUCUGGCAGAAGGUUGGGAUAAUGUGGGGCUUUUAGUGGAGCCCAGUCCCCCGCACCAGGUCCACAAGCUCCUCCUGACCAAUGAUCUGACAGAAGACGUGCUGGACGAGGCGAUAGAUACGGGCGCUAAUAUGAUUCUGUCCUAUCAUCCGCCAGUAUUCAAAGCCUUGAAGCGCAUCACCCAGAAAAGCUGGAAGGAGAGGCUGGUGGUUAAAGCCCUGGAAAAGCGCCUAGCUGUAUACUCUCCUCACACAUCUUGUGAUGCAUUGGCCAACGGAGUUAAUGAUUGGCUAGCCAGGGCUCUGGGCCCAAGCAAGUCUGUGCCACUCCGUGCCUCUACUUCCCUCACUUAUCCUGGUGGCGUUGGGCACCUCUUGGAGUUCAGACUAGAUCCUGCUGGAAACAUCAUGUCCAGACUGAAUGGUAUCCAGGGGGUCAGUGUUUGCACCUCCACUGCCAGGCAUGAUGGUGAUAAUGGGACACGUGUAAGCCUUAGCUGCUCCCAGAAUGCUUUGGUGGAGGUGCUAUCUAUCCUAUCAGAAGAGCCGCAAGUGUACAACAGCCUGCAGCUCCUCACCCUGCAGAAACCUCCACUUGUGGACACCGGAAUGGGACGUCUCUGCACUCUCUCAGAGCCUGUGUCUAUUGCAGCCGCCCUGGAACGCAUCAAAAAGCACCUACAUCUCCCUCAUCUGCGCUUGGCCUUGGGCAGGGGCAGAACUCUGGAAUCCUCAGUAAGCAUGGCAGCUGUGUGUGCAGGGUCUGGGAGCAGUAUCCUUAGUGGUGUCCCUGCUGAACUCUACCUCACAGGUGAGAUGUCCCAUCAUGAUGUCCUGGACGCAGUGGCUGAGGGGCGGAGUGUGGUCCUGUGUGAGCACAGCAACUCAGAGCGGGGGUAUCUGCAAGAACUUGGAGGGCAGAUCCGUCAGGCGUUGGAAGGGCAAGUGCAAGUUGUGGUUUCCCAGAGAGACCGAGACCCCCUGCAAGUGGUGUGAGGAGUGGAGAUGUCCAUACUGUAUUUUACUUUAUAUAAUAAGGGAACCGAAUUGAUUGAGACUUCCUGGGUACCCAGAACCCCUGUGCACUUACCAUACCCCAAUGAGGGCAGUUCUGAGAUACACUGGGGCAGUAGUGUAACAAAAGCUGAAUAGCCGCCCCCAUCAGAUUCUUGUUUCAGUGGGACUGUAGCACAGAACACAUGUUGCACUUAUAUGAAAGGUAAUUAAAUCAGUUGCAAAUA